GAAACCAUGAACGCCACAGUGAUGAAGGGCUUCAACGGGUCUGAGCGGUGCCCCAGAGACACACAGACAGCACACCUGGUGUUCCCGGCCAUCUACACUGUCGUCUUCUUCAUGGGCAUCCUGCUGAACACUUUGGCCCUGUGGGUGUUCAUUCACAUCCCCAGCUCCUCCACCUUCAUUAUCUACCUCAAAAACACUUUGGUGGCCGACUUGAUAAUGACAUUCAUGCUUCCGUUUAAAAUCCUCUCCGAUGCACGCCUCGGACCCUGGCAGCUCAGAGCCUUCGUGUGCCGUUUCUCUGCCGUCGUCUUUUAUGAGACCAUGUAUGUGGGCAUCACGCUGCUGGGGCUCAUAGCCUUUGACAGGUUCCUCAAGAUCAUCAGACCUUUCGGAAAAUUUUUCGUACAGAAACCUGCUUUUGCAAAAGUGGUCUCAACUCUCAUCUGGCUCUUUUUGUUCUUCCUCUCCCUGCCAAAUAUGAUCUUAAGCAACAAGGAAGCAACACCAUCAUCUGUGAAGAAGUGUGCCUCCUUAAAGGGUCCUCUGGGGCUGAAAUGGCAUGAAGUGGUGAAUUAUAUUUCCCAGUUCAUUUUCUGGACUGUUUUGGUCCUAAUGUUUCUGUUCUAUAUGGUGAUUGCAAAAAAAGUAUACGAUUCUUAUAGGAAGUCCAAGAGUAAGGACAGACAAAACAACAAAAGGCUGGAAGGUAAAGUAUUUGUUGUCAUGGCUGUCUUCUUUGUGUGUUUUGCUCCAUUUCAUUUUGCCAGAGUCCCAUAUACUCACAGUCAAACCAACAGUAAGACUGACUGUCGAUUGCAAAAUCAACUGUUUCUAGCUAAAGAAACAACUCUCUUUUUUGCAGCAACUAACAUUUGUAUGGAUCCCUUAAUAUAUAUAUUCUUAUGUAAAAAAUUCACAAAGAGGCUACCAUGUAUGAAAGGGAGAAAGAUCGCAGCAUCCAUCCAUGAAAACCAUACAAGUCAGUCAGACAACAUAACCCUAGGCUGA